GUCAGUUCACCAAGCUUCCCGGAGAGGAACAGAGCCAGCUGACCAACAGAAAAGACUUUCUUCAGCAUUUCUUCUCAUAUUUAUUGAUAGUGAAAAUGGUGAACUUUGCCAGCUUGUUGAAGAGUUCGUUGGUCGUCAUCGUUUUGUCGGUCGCUACUGGACAUGCAGCUGAGAAGUUAGCUACAUGUUGUAAGAGAGUCAACAAAAAUGAGAUCACGGAGCCAAUCUUGGCAUACUUGAGCCAGCCGGCUAAUUAUCCAUGCAUCAAUGCAAUCAUCUUUCAGACAGAAACUAGUCUUUACUGCGCUCCAGUGAAAGUUCGUUGGGUUCAAAGAAAGAUUCAAGAAUUGAGGGGAACAAAGGCUCUGUCAAAGACUCCAUCUGUGGUCUCUUCAUCACCAUCACCAGUCUCUCUUCUCUCCAUCAUAACAUCAACCGCCUCCCCCCUUUCACCCUCCAACCUGCCUCCUUCUUCUUCCUCUCCUUUCUUCACGUACAUCUCCACCAUGACAUCUGGAGACACGUUUUCUGGAAACGAAGAGGAAGAGUCCUCCAUGUCCUCUGCCACCAUGUGGCAUCCAGGUGGACCUACUGGAGUGCAAGCUCAUCAUGAGGACAAGUAUGGAGAAACAUUUCAUCUGCCAACCCUGUCCUACCACACCUGUCCUUGUCUGCUUGCCUGCAUUUCACGCCUGCCUGCCACCAUCUACGAAACAACCAAAAAUACUUUCUUUACUAUUUAUUUCUUGACUGUGAAAAUGGUCAACUGCAGCCUGUUGAUGAGUGUGUUGGUCGCCAUAAUCGUGGAGGCGGCUUCGGGACAUCAAGGUGAGAAGCUGUAUACUUGCUGUAAGAGUGUUGGCACAAGAGAGAUAACAGAACCAAUAAUAUCAUAUCAAAUCCAGAGGUUGAAUCCUCCAUGUGUCAAAGCAGUCAUCUUUACCACAAAGAAUGGUCACUACUGCAGUUAUCUUAAAGCUCCCUGGGUGUCCCGGAAAAUUAGGGAAUUCAUGAGAGCAAAAGCUCAGUCAUCUACUCCUCAGGUGGUCGGUUCGUCCCCUUCGCCAUCAUCAUCAUCCUCCCUCCUUUCCAUCAUUACAUCCACCGCUUCUCCUCCUUCAUCAUCAACCCUAACUUCUUUUUCAUCAUCUCCAUCCUUCUUUUCUUCUACCUCCACAAUCACAGCAAGUGAGACAUUUUCUGGAGCAACAGACCAGUAGAGGUGCAUAUCCUCCAGUACCAGCUGAUGAAAAGCAAACAGCAAAAUUUAUUUAUUUGUCUCUAUGCUACUCAAAACUAACGUUAGGAAAACUUAAAGAAAGAAUUAUACUAAAUUAUAACUUAAAUUAAAUAUUUAGUUUAUUUUAAUGUUUGAAGAAAUUAAUUUAUUAAACUAGAUGAGAUGUGCAGCUACAGAAGAAGAUAAAAUCUAUUAGUAUAUUUAUAUUUAUUUCAAUCUUAAAAACUUUGUAAUAAUUGCUAAAAAGUGCUGAUAUUGGUAAUAUGUCUUAAGCUGUUCACUUUCACUUUAAAGUUAAGUUUUACAGACAUGACAACAUUAUUUAGAAAUAAAUGUUUCUCUGAUCUUAA